AUGUCGCCCUCGCCAGCACCAGCUGCUGCGCCAGACCUCUCGCACGACCCUGCAGCCACACCGGACCCACAGCCCGAGUCCGCCUCGUCCUCCCCCACCACCGCUCCUCCUCCUCCUCCCGCCGCCGCACCAGCUGCCGCCCCGCCCGCCCCCACCGACGCCUGGCAAGCCGUCUUCAGCCAAGACGCCAACGCCUGGUACUUCUGGAACGCCAUCUCGGGCGAAACUACGUGGAUUAACCCGCGCGACAACGACAAGCCUGCUACGUCGACCUCGACCGUCGCACCCUCCUCCUCUGCCGACGCCGGCCCUUCCUCCGACUCGCCCGCCCUCGCCUCCUCCUCCUCCUCCACCACCACCCCCACCGCCGCCGCCACGACCACGACGACGCCCGCCGACCCGUCCGCCCUUCCCGCCAUCGACCCCGACCUCGCCUGGCUCGACCCGUCCCUCGCCGCGCGCCAGGCCUCGGGCGCCGGCGCCCACCUCGCGCAGAAGGGGCGGUUCCACGCGCGCACGGGCAGGUUCAUGGCGGACCCGAGCGUCAACCCGGAUCGGGUGAGCCAGUUCUCGAGGGGCCACAGGCAGCAGGAGGCCUACUACGACG